AUGGUAUCACCGAAAUCAAGAUCGCACACUAGUGCGGAUCAUAUUGAAGAGUCUAAUACUACCGCCAGUCUGUUUCUAGGCGGCACGCGGAGGAACUGGAUGGGCCCGCAGACUAAAGCCCCGGAGAAAUCGGCUACGCGAAAUCAUCGCCUUGAACGACCAGUCCCUCCCAACGCCCUUAGCAAGCUUUUAAUGUCCCCAGUCACGCCCGGUGAGAACCCUCCCUCAUGUGGUCCUGUUCAUGCAAAAAAGCCCGACACACGAACCGCCGCUCUUCUUUCACCCGUUCUCAGUACACAUUCUCACCCAAGUCCCGUCGGCGCCGACGCGAUCACCUCAAAUAGGCCUUACACGCUGCCACCAACCCCUACACAACCUACAGCACAGCGUGGCGAUGAUGAGCGCAUGGCGGUCCAACCUCUUCCCAGCGGGCCCGCCACGUCACCACGUGUGACCCAGUCCCUUCUAACGGGACCCAACUGGUCCAACAACUCACCGCUACCUACAGGCACACAUACAGGUGCUAGUACAGAACACAUAGAUUCGGGACCGCGACUCAGUUCACAUCAAAUUGGGGGAGCUGGGGCUGAGGUCAUUCCCAAUAAGACAUGGAAACUAUGGUCUGCUCAAUUGGAUGCCUUGGUAGUUGAUUUGCGCACAAAUGGCGCACUGCCUCAUCCUCACCUGGGGGUGACCAAUAUUACUGCGCCUCGGAUCAACCUGUUGCGCCAGGCCAUUGGUCGUAAAGAUGCUUUCUACUUGGUGAUACAUCAAUUGUACUGCCGAUAUAGCAUUGAUCCAACUACAUUGGGUCAGAUUAGAGCCUCUGAGACUGGCAUGGAAUGGCUUAAGCGUCUUCUGGAAGACAAUGGGAUGAUGCAUGAUGCCGCUACCAUUGGGUUUGCCCAUUUCCCGGAAUCUCCACAACGGUUGAUGCAGACACAGUGGUAUCUCCAGGUGCUGUCCGGAAUUCCUGAGUUUUUAUCACGGCUUGAAACUGAAUGGCAGGGCAUCUGGUAUCAGCCCCCCAUCCCCCAUUGGUAUCCCAUCUUUGGGAAGCACUUGCUUGUCCUUCUCCGGUUUUGA